AUGUCCGCCCCCCACUCGUCGUGGGACCUGGCCGGGGGCGCCCGGGCGAGAGGGGCCGCCGGAAGCGCGUCGGUCCUCGCCCCGCGGCCGCCCUGCGCGGGCCUCCUCAGCCGCGACCGGAGCGAGCUCGCGCCCCCUCGGCCCCCCACGGACUCGUCUGGGCACUCCAAGGGGCGGGCCGCUCGCCCAGGCCAUCCCGCGCCCCGCCGCGGCCAACUCGGGCCCCCGCCGCCCGGGUCCCGGCGGCUCCUCGCCUCCCUCACGACCCCUGUCCCACCGCAGGCCCGAGCCGGGGGAACCUCACCUCGGGCGGGAGCCGGCGGCAGCGGACGCCGUCGGGCCGCAGCCGGGACGGAGGCGGCGGCCCGCGGCACUUCCGCCUCCCGCGCCGGGCCGGCGGCGCAGGCCGGAAGCCCAUUGGCCGCCGGCCCCCACGUGGGACGCCGACGCCGAGGCUGCCAUCUUAGGAGCGGGCAGGCCUCCGGCGAGGGCCGGCGGCCGGCGGCGGUGACCGCGGCGCGGACCCUGCGAGCGGGCGAGCGAGGACGCGGGUGUCGCCGCCCCGGUGGAAGCCGGCCGGGUCGGGCCUUAUGGAGGGGAUUGCUCCCCGCCGUCCAGCCCCGGGCUGACGCUCUGCUCGUUUGGGCUCGGGCUUUUCCAUCCCCGGAGCCCGGCGGCGCGUCCAGCCGGGGAGGCGUGGUGGCCUGGACCCGGUUGGCAGGCAGCACCUUCCCUGGCGCCCGGCGACGCCGCCCCCGGCCAGGCCGUCUCCGCGCACGGACUGUUGAGGGCUGUUGCUGUGCCAGUGGGCUGGGGUCGGUUGCGCUCAAGCUGCAGGUUAAGCCGGCAGGAGCUCACGCGGGAGACCCAGGCACAGGAACCGGAAAUACUUACUUCGAGAGACGGGCGGAAAACUACAUCUCCCAGCAUGCCCCGUGA